UAUUUAAUUCUUUGAUUUUCUUUUGGUUCAUUUUGUUGUCAUUGUCAUUUCUCAUUUGAUUGUUUUUGAGUUGAAUUAGUUUUUGUUGUCAAUCAGUCAAAUUACUCCAAAUUAAAAAAAAUGUUUUUCAAGCUCAAAUUUUGUAAAUUGAUGAAUUUGAAUAAUGCAUUCAUAAGAAAGGAAUUAUGUUUCUGAUCAACAAGGAAUAUUUUGGUAUUGGUAUACCAUGGGAUUCUGUUCAAAUAGAAGUUUUGUGCUGACAAUCUGCAUUUUGCAGUUGAUUUUUGUAUUCUGGCGACAAAUAUUCGACUUUCUUGGGUACAUGUGGGGGCCAAUCUUUAUAAACUUCUUUCAAAUUAUAUUUGUUAUAUUUGGGUUUUUCGGCGCUUGUCAAUAUAGAGCAAAAUACACAAUAUCUUACACUGUUUGGACUAUUUUCUGGUGUGCCUGGAAUGUCUUCAUAUUCUGCUUCUAUCUGAAUGUUGGAGGAUUAAAUAGGGAAAGCGACAUUCUUGGCUUGGGGACGGGUGCCGUGAGUUGGUGGGAGAGUAACGGACCCGGUUGCAAAGCUUCGUUUCUCGGAAAUCUGACUUCACUAGAAGAGUAUCCUUGGAAACCUCCGCGGCCGGAUAUUGUCACAGGCUGUUUGGUCGAAUACCAACAUCUUGAAGCAAUACAAGCAGCACUUCAUGCUGUUCUCGCUAUCUUGGGAAUUUGUGGUGGCUUCUCACUCAGUCGCUCUCUUUUAGAAGAUGAUGAUGAAUCUCCAGUUAGUAAAAGCAAAAAGCCAAAUGGACCUCCACCUCUCUACUCGAUUGAAUACACCCCUCGACACAACAAUGAAGAUACCGAUGACUACAGUUCGCAUGAAGUGUUAGAAGAUGGUGACAAUCGCCUGCCCUCGUCGAGACCAAUGACGCCGCGCCGAGUGAAGCGACGUAGCAUCAACUCGAGGGGCAGCAGUGGGGGCGGCACCCUGCUCAACCCGCCUCCGCCGCCCCACUACAACAACAUCCCGCCCCCGCAGCGCCGCUCCACUCGCUCGUCCACCCGAUCCUCGGGCCGCCACCGACACAAAACAGCACAUCAGAACCCUGUGACACGUAUCAUCGAUCAUCAACAGCAAAAAGCAGCGGCGGCAGCUUCGUCGCACAGUGUGGACCAGUUGGGGAACAGGGGCUCCCUGUACGGGGGGCACUGCAACCCCCUCUACCAGCAGAGCUCGACGCACUCACUGGACCAAGAGUGCGAGCGACCGCCGUCGGCUCGCUCCACUUACUCCAACUACCAUGGCUCGCGCGCCUUCAGCUAUGUGGGGGGCAUCGCCACGCCCCAAGUGCCCCCGCCACACCCCAACCGCCACUCGUCCGCCUUCCUCAGCGGCGGUCCCCCUGCCUACAAUCUGCACAGCAACGUCGACUCCGAAACUGUCAUUUAACCGUUCACUAAGCUACUUUAUAGUAAGUUACGCAAUAUGCGGGAGCUACUUAAAUUAGGUUUAAAUUUAACAGAUUUUCGAAAGACUUUCAAAGACUUCGUGCUGCUGAGAAUGUCGAAAGACUUCAGACGUAGUUUAAAUCAAAUCUUUUGACAAUCUACCCAUCAGUAGAAUAAUUAUUGAUCUCCAAGUUCCCAGUGGAAUGUUUGUUGAAUUUUCGCAUAGCAACGUCGACUAUUCACGUUGACCUUAUUUAUUGUCGAAUUAUGUUGCCUACUUGAAAGUAAGUUACUAUAUUUAUAUAAUAUGUUAUAGAAAAUGCUGAAAUUACUCGAAUUACGUACCAUCAAUCAACACGUGUCCAAAUAGGUUUCAGACACAGUUUAAAUCAAACCCUUUGACAAUCCACUUGUUAGUAAAUUAAUUAUAGAAUUUCUUUAUUCCAGAGGAAUGUUUGACAUAAUAUCUGACAAUUAUUCUCUGAACCGGUAUUUUUUCGUCCAACAAUUUGUAUAGCAACGUUGAAUCUGAAACUAUCAUUCAAUUUUGAAUUUUAGAGGUUACAUAAAUUGCUGAUGUACCAUGUGUGUAGAUAGAUUCCAGACUUAGUAUAACGCUAAACCAUUGACAAUUCAGUUAUGAGUGCAAUAGUAAUAAUGACUAAUCAAUAUUAAUCUCUUUAGAUGUUGAAAUAUCUCAUAGGGAUUAUAAUAUCUGAAUUCAGAUGACUUUUCAAAAGAGCUUUACAUUACAAAUUAAUGAAUAUGAAACAAUUUAUUUUAAAUAUUUGAACGAAUAUGAACCUCACAUAGGUAUAUUAUGCUGGGGUGAUUCAUUAUUGAUCCCCAGUAUUCCAGUGGAAUACUUUAUAAGAAACACUAUCAGAUAAUAUAUACCUACCUAUAUAUAAAACUUUAAGAAUCAUUUUAAUCAUUGUUUGAACGGAAUUAAUUAUUUUCGUUUGUAAAUGCUCAUUUGUUUGCAAGAUUGAUUGAUUUCCAAUCUGUCUGGCAGACUUUGUUUUAUACAAACUAAUCAAGCUGUUUUUGUCAGCUAACGCUUUACAUUGAUAUUGUUAUAUAAUAAUAAUAAUCAACUUGUACUUCACAAAACUAAUACAUAAUUUGUACAUAAUUAGCAUAGGCUAUAAUUAUUAAGAGUGUAACUAGCCGACUAUAUUUUUUAGUCUAAAUAUUGUAACAUUCUUCUUUCUAAUAAUUGUAUUUGGUUGAAAAUUUCAAAUGUCUUAAUGAGGGUUGUUUCUGCUUUCAAUAAUUUUAUUAGUAUUGGUGUGAUGGUUCAUCCUAGUGAUGGUUUGGAGUAAUGAUGGUUGUGAAAUGAGCCAUUGUACACUAAAUUGACAUGCCCCAAAAAUUGGGUCGUGCGCCUGCUCACUAAUAUUCUGAAUGUCAAUAUUGGGAACAGCUUUUAUUUCAUUGGUGUGAGUUGUUCAACUAGACGUUAAAUGCUAGAAGCUAUUUUUCUUUCCGCGACAAACCUACUUACGAACAAAAACCCAUGUAGUCAUCAUCCUGCAAAAAACUUGGCUACUCUAUACGGGUGUUCUUGCUUGGACUGAUCGCUGGAACCAAAGCGUCUGAAGCAGAGGCAGUAAUUUUUUGGAUCCUGCAAGAACCAUUUUGCUAAAUAACUAUUGGAGGUAGUACGGUACUGACUGAAGUAGAAUUGGUCCGAUUAUCUUCUAUUUUAUCAUAAUAUAUAUCGUAGGUCUAUGUUCACCUACGGAAAAAUUGUUA